AUGAUACCGAAUCAUGUUUUAGUGGUGGGACCACCACAUAGUGGUAAACUACGAAUAGCCCAAGAAAUUGGAGAAGAAUUGGAAUCUCCCACCAUUAACCAAGAUUCUCAUAGCGGGCUAAUCUUUCGAAAGAAACUCUCCACGCGAUACUUUUCUACCAACAUCAAUAUUCUAGUGGACGAGUACCCUGGAGCUCGAGCUGAUGACGUGGGUUCAGACUCUGCCAAAGCGAAAGCACUCGAAGAAUGGGCUGGCGAGUUCAUGUCUGAUGAGAUGACCGAACUUCGCGACGCUUUAGAUGGCCUCAUAUUUUGUCUUGAUUCGAAUGACAAAUUAGAACAUUUGGAACGAUGUCUUGAAAUUUUGGAAUCAAUUCGUAACGUCCUUACACCGGAAGAUGCCUAUGCUUGGCCAGGAUUCAUUGUAGUGGUUGUCAACGGGCUUCCUGAGGAAGACAGUUGUUUAGCCAUUGAAGAUUUAGCUUUAGUUCGUGGAUUGGAAUGUGUCAAUUUGAAACAGAGUGGUUACAACGAAUACAACGAAAGAUUGGGUCUCGGUCGAAUAAAAGAACUAUUUGAUUCGCACGAAUGGUCGAGUACGAGUAAUGAAGUAGAAGAAAAACCAUCAACGUCUAAUCUGUAUGAGCAAAGAAAAACAGUACAGAUACAGUCGAUGACAGAACCAAUACUUGCAGCUGAGGAGAAAGAGACCAAUGAGGAACAACCCUUCGAACUAUCAGAGAUAUUACAACGACUUUCGCUUGAAAAGGAAAAGGCAGCUGGGAUGCAAAACAAAGAGCAAAAGGAAGCUUACGUACGAAAAGUUAUAGACGAAAUCAUUGAUUACAUUUGA